GUGGGCUGACUUGCACUCUAAACCAGACUUUCUACUUCCUCCCUGUUCUGGCUGUAAUAUCAGCCAGCUGAAGUCCUGAUAUGUUGUUCAGGUCGCUGGCGGUGAGUGCCUGCACUCUCGGUGUUCUCGGAGCUGUCUCGCAUAAAUUCGUUCCUACAGGUUUUUUUCACUCAGCUCUUAGGAAAUCGUCUCUGGUGGAACAGACAGACAUGAAGGUAGAACUGCUGCCUGCUCUUACUGACAAUUACAUGUACCUCCUCAUCGAUGAAGACACGAGGGAAGCAGCCAUAGUUGAUCCAGUAGAGCCUCAGAAAGUUGUAGAUGCGGUCAAAAAGCAUGGCGUGAAGCUCAAAACCGUCCUGACAACCCAUCAUCACUGGGAUCAUGCAGGAGGUAAUGAGAAGCUGGUGAAGCUUAUGCCGGGACUAACAGUGUACGGUGGAGAUGAUCGAGUGGGAGCUUUAACUCAGAAAGUCACACACUACAACACUUUCAAAGUGGGCUCUUUGAAUGUAAAGUGUUUGUUCACGCCGUGUCACACUACCGGUCACAUCUGCUAUUUUGUAACAAAAGAAAACAGCACUGAACCACCAGCCGUGUUUACAGGCGAUACUCUGUUCGUGGCCGGCUGUGGAAAGUUUUUUGAGGGUACUGCUGAUGAGAUGUAUAAAGCUCUGAUUGAGAUUUUAGGCCGUCUUCCUCCGGAAACGCGCGUGUACUGCGGUCACGAGUACACUAUCAAUAAUCUGAAGUUUGCACGGCAUGUCGAGCCAAAUAACGAGGCCAUCCAGAAAAAGUUAGCAUGGGCUAAGGAAAAAUACGAUAACGGAGAGCCAACCAUUCCCUCGACAGUGGCUGAGGAGUUCACGUUUAACCCCUUCAUGAGAGUGAGAGAGAAGUCAGUACAAGAGCAUGCUGGGACCAGUGACCCGAUUGAAGCCAUGAAAAACAUCCGUAAGGAGAAGGACGGCUUUAGAGUCCCGAAGAACUGAGCUUUUGGGCUUGUCUUUGUGAUGGUCGCCACCACUACGCUCAUCACUUUACUAACAAUAACAGGACAUGAGGCACAUGCAGAAACUCCAUUUACAGCAAAAGCACAAUUACUAAGCUGUUCAUUUUCGUGUUUCUUCUUUAAGGCAGCGUAUCGUCUUCAGCGAGCAAUACACAGGAUUGUUAACCUGUAAAACAAUGUAUUUAAACAAUUGCUGCAAGCCAUAGAUCAAAGAAAAACAUAUUAUUUAGAAUGAUUUCAUCACUGACUGAAUACAUUUACUCUGUUGAUUUGCAUUUAUAGAAAAUUCACACGCUGUAGGCAAAAUUGUAUUUACGUAAGGUUACGUAAGUUUUAUUUUUGACAUUUUCAGCUUUUGCAAAAAUCUAGUCCAUGAACCAACGCUAUGUGGUUAAAUUAUAGUUUUAUUUCAAAAUGUUUGUCUUAAUGUGCAAUGUUUUAUUUUGUAAAUCAAAAAUUAUUUUUAAGAUGUUAAAAAUCUUAAGAUGAAGCGAGGUGUUCUAGCAAAAUUAUAUUUGGUGUAUUUUUAUGUCCAUCAGAAAAUGAGAUUUGAUGAAAUUGCGUUUAUUUUGAUGUCUUUGGACGAUUUGAAUGUAAAAAAUAUUGAACACUGCAUACUGAUUUCAGCUUUUCGCCUUGUUUUAGCUCAGUCAUUGCUGCAGCAGAACUUGCACUUUUUGUCAUCAAAAAUAACAGAUAUUAAUCAUUAUAAUUAUAGUGUUCAAACCGAAUAAAGUCUUAAUGUAAAUAUA